AAAGAAAGAAACGGAAAAAAACAUACAGACCAUAUCUGUAGAGAGAGAGAGAGAGAGAGAGAGAGAGGGGGGGGAGAUGACUGGAGAAGGUAACUCCAAAACCAAAGAAAGCAGGCGUAGUUUCCUGUUUUCUCUCUUAAUAUAAAACCCAAAUGCAUUUAUAUGAGAAGACGCGUAAAGCCUGACGUUGAAUUCGGUCUGUUUCUCUCUCUCUGGCCUUUACCACUUAUUUCUCUCCCUUGUCUCCAUUGCCUCUCUUCUUUCCGGGGAGGCCUAGAAUCCGCACGUGGUCAAAUUGGGUUCAAUCUUUUGGGAUUUGGUGAAGAUGGAUCUCAGGUGGCUCGCUCGUUUGGUGUUGCUGUUUCUCGCUUCUUCGUCUUCUUUCCUUGCCGUUGAUGUUGUUAGAGGCAACCUCGUGUUCCCAGUGCACCACAAGUUUAAAGGCCGGGAACGGAGCUUGACUGCAUUGAAAGCCCAUGAUGUGCGUCGUCACCGUAGAAUUCUCUUUGAUGUGGAUCUGGAACUGGGUGGCAAUGGUCGCCCUUCUGAUGCUGGGCUGUACUUUGCUAAAAUUGGGAUUGGGUCUCCUUCAAAGGACUAUUAUGUGCAAGUUGAUACAGGAAGUGAUAUUCUAUGGGUGAAUUGUGUUGGCUGCACCAGCUGUCCUAAGAAAAGUGGUCUCGGGAUAGAACUGACACUAUACGACCCAAAGAGCUCCUCCACUUCAAGUUUGGUUUAUUGUAAUCAAGAUUUUUGCACUUCCACAUACAAUGGUAAACUUCCUGGUUGUGUGCCUGACUUGCUUUGCCAAUAUAAUGUUGUCUAUGGAGAUGGGAGCUCAACUUCAGGGUACUUUGUGAAUGAUAGUAUUCAACUUCAGCGAGUGACUGGAAACCUUCAGGCAGCACCAGCAAAUGGGAGUGUAGUAUUUGGAUGUGGAGCUAAACAAUCAGGGGAGCUUGGUUCAUCCUCAGAAGCACUUGAUGGCAUACUUGGUUUUGGACAAGCAAAUUCAUCCAUGAUUUCACAGCUAGCUUCAGCAGGAAAGGUGAAAAAAAUGUUUGCUCACUGCUUGGAUAAUAUAAAUGGAGGUGGAAUCUUUGCUAUUGGGCAAGUAGUGGAGCCAAAAGUGAACACGACUUCAUUGGUACCAAAUCAGGCACAUUACAAUGUUGUAUUGAAGGAAAUUGAGGUGGGUGGUGAUGUUCUAACACUUCCUUCAGAUACAUUUGACAAUGGAGUUCGGAAAGGAACAAUAAUUGACAGUGGUACAACAUUGGCUUAUCUUCCAGGGCUGGUUUAUGAAGCACUAAUGCCUAAGAUUAUGAGUCAGCAACCUGGGUUGAAAUUACAUACCGUUGAAGACCAGUUUACUUGUUUCAAGUACAAUGGAAACGUUGAUGAUGGAUUUCCAACGGUCACAUUUCAUUUUGAUGGUUCCCUUUCAUUGACAGUUUAUCCUCAUGAGUAUCUAUUCGUACUUAGUGUAAGUAAAAAUGAUGCGUGGUGUGUUGGUUGGCAGAAUAGUGGAGGGCAAUCUAGGGAUGGAAGUGAAAUGACUCUUUUGGGAGAUUUGGUGCUUUCAAAUAAGCUAGUUUUGUAUGAUCUUGAAGAACAGACAAUUGGAUGGACUGAAUAUAAUUGCUCUACAAGCAUUAAGGUAAAGGAUGAGUCUGGAGCGGUGUAUUCUGUUGGUGCCAACAAUCUUUCUUCAGCUUCCACUCUGAUUAUUAGAAGAACAUCAACAUUCUUUUUAUUACUGAUAGCUAUGCUGCACUACUUUCUAUAUUAAAUAGUUGCUACAUCAACAUUCUUGUUGUACUAUAAAUUAUUGAGUGAAAAUGUGUGCUUCAAAUAA